UCCAUCUCCUGUACUUUUCAUAUUUUCGGUGUAGGGUUGAAGCUUUGGUGUACGAAAAAUGGCUGAGCAUUCCGAGAGUGCAGGUUCGGCUGUGGAGUCAAUGAUAGAGAAGAUAAGCGAGAAGAUCCACGCGAACGAUUCGUCGUCAUCGGAUUCUGAUGACGACAAAUCGGUCUCACCGUCGUCAGUGAAAGCCAAGAUUUACCGGAUUUUCGGGAGGGAGAAACCGGUUCACAAGGUUCUCGGUGGAGGAAAGCCUGCUGAUGUAUUCUUAUGGAGGAACAAGAAGAUCUCAGCCAGUGUCCUCGGUGGAGCUACUGCAAUCUGGGUCUUUUUUGAAUUGCUUGAAUAUCACCUGCUUACUCUUGUAUGUCAUGUUCUGAUUCUAACUCUUGCAAUGCUGUUCCUGUGGUCCAAUGCUCAUACCUUUAUCAACAAGACUCCACCCCGCAUCCCAGAAGUUCAUCUUCCCGAGGAGCCAUUUUUGCAAGUUGCUGCUGCGCUGAGAAUUGAAAUUAACCGAGGUUUUGUAGUCUUGCAUGAUAUUGUGACUGGAAGAGAUUUGAAGAAGUUUCUCAUUGUCAUUGCUGGCUUUUGGGUUCUUUCAAUUGUGGGAAGUUGUUGCAAUUUCUUGACCUUGUUCUACAUAUCUUUUGUUUUGCUGCACACUCUUCCUGUUCUGUACGAGAAGUAUGAGGACAAGGUUGAUCCAUUUGCAGAGAAGGCGAUGAUUGAGAUUAAAAAGCAGUAUGCAGUGUUUGAUGCCAAGGUCUUGAGCAAGAUUCCGAAAGGCUCAUUGAAAGGAAAAUUGGCUUAGGGAAGCCAAGAUGUUCUAAUGAUGUUGGACACCCGGCUAGCAAUGGGUUUUGUCAGCCUUGAAUGUGCUCGUUCAUUUAUUUUUUUGCUAGAGCCUUUCCCUUGCUUCUACACACAAUUGUUUUUGGUAUUUUGGUGUUCAAUUUGGUGGAUUUGGCAUGUGAACUUUAGUUGCAAGAUUUAGGUGUCUAUGGGUGAUUUUGUGACGAACUUUGUUAGCUUAGUGGAUCUCACCCCGUGCUUGUGCACCUGGAUUCACUUCAGAAGAACUUGUGCCUAAGCGAUUAGUCAUGGUUUCUUAUUGGUUUCUGAUUGCGAGCAUGAACUCGAUGCACUCAGCCUUUGAAAGAUGGGAAUCGGUUGUAUCAGGUAUGAGCAAGUAAAUUAUUGCAAUUGUUAAGGUAUAUGCUACUUCAGGAGUUCAUGGAA